GCGGCCCGCGCCCCGGGCGCCCGCAGCCUCGCUGAGAGCCGCCGCGGCCCCGACCCACGCGUCGGGCCCCGAGCCGCCGGGAUGAGCCGCGCCGAGUGGUGAUCGCCGCUCGGGAAUGCGGGUGUGAAGGGUCCGAGCUGCCGCCCAGCGGGGAAGAGACCCCGGGACGCCGGAAAUCACCAUCCCGAAGCUGCGCGAAGGGGGGGAAAGAGCAUUCUUUCAGUUUGUGUGCCUUGUGGGGAAAUUUUUUUUUUUAAUCGUUAUUUUUUUUUUUUUGAAAAAGAAACAUUUCCGUGCUACUGUCUGUCAUCAUCUCUGGGGAAAUCAGCCAGAACCGCCGGAACGUAACUGCAACCAGACGAGAGAGGCAGGAGCCGAGGCAGUACCUGCAGCGUCCGGGCACCAGAGCCACCUUGGAACGGGAACGCGUCUCCGGCGGCCGUGGGGCUGCGGCUCCGCCAAACUUUGGGGCGGGCGGGGCGGGCUGGGGCGCCGAGGGGGCUUCGUAGACCGAGGGCCGCCCCCUAACCAUGAUGUUUCGCGACCAGGUCGGGGUGCUGGCGGGCUGGUUUAAGGGCUGGAACGAGUGCGAGCAGACUGUUGCGCUGCUGUCGCUGCUGAAGCGCGUGAGCCAGACCCAGGCCCGCUUCCUCCAGCUCUGCCUGGAGCACUCGCUGGCCGACUGCGCCGAGCUGCACGUCCUGGAAGGCGAGGCCAACAGCCCCGGAAUCAUUAACCAAUGGCAGCAGGAAUCCAAGGAUAAAGUGAUUUCCCUCCUGUUAACUCAUCUGCCUUUGCUGAAGCCAGGAAACCUUGAUGCAAAAGUCGAGUAUAUGAAACUGCUGCCCAAAAUCCUGGCGCACUCUAUUGAACACAACCAGCACAUCGAGGAGAGCAGACAGCUGCUGUCCUAUGCUCUCAUACACCCGGCCACUUCGCUGGAGGACCGCAGCGCCUUAGCCAUGUGGCUGAAUCACUUGGAGGACCGCACGUCCACCGGCUUUGGCGGCCAGAACCGAAGCCGCUCGGACUCUGUGGAUUAUGGGCAGACACACUACUAUCACCAAAGACAGAACUCCGAUGACAAGCUCAAUGGGUGGCAGAACUCUCGGGAUUCUGGGAUUUGCAUCAACGCCUCCAACUGGCAGGACAAAAGCCUGGGGUGUGAGAACGGCCAUGUGCCCCUCUACUCCUCCUCCUCUGUCCCCACCACAAUCAAUACGAUUGGAACCAGCACAAGUACAAUUCUCUCAGGCCAGGCACACCACAGCCCUUUGAAACGAUCUGUGUCCCUUACCCCACCCAUGAAUGUGCCAAACCAGCCUCUAGGACAUGGAUGGAUGUCUCAUGAGGACUUACGAGCUAGAGGACCCCAGUGCCUCCCAUCCGAUCAUGCCCCCCUGUCUCCACAAAGCAGUGUAGCCUCUUCAGGAAGUGGUGGGAGUGAACACUUAGAAGAUCAGAACACUGCUCGUAACACAUUCCAAGAAGAAGGUAGUGGUAUGAAAGAUGUUCCAGCCUGGUUAAAAAGCCUCCGCCUGCACAAGUACGCUGCGCUUUUCUCCCAGAUGACCUAUGAGGAGAUGAUGGCUCUCACUGAGUGCCAGCUGGAGGCUCAGAAUGUUACCAAAGGUGCAAGACACAAAAUUGUCAUCAGUAUUCAGAAGCUCAAAGAAAGACAAAAUCUCCUGAAGUCUUUGGAAAGGGACAUCAUCGAGGGGGGUAACCUGCGCAUACCACUCCAGGAACUGCACCAGAUGAUCCUGACUCCUAUCAAGGCCUACAGCUCCCCAAGUACCACCCCCGAAGCUCGCCGCCGGGAGCCCCAGGCUCCACACCCACCCUCACUGAUGGGCCCUGAGGGCCAGAGCCCCGACUGCAAAGACAGUGCCUCGGCCAGCAGUGCCACGGCCAACACCUCCGCUGGGGCCAGUGGUGGGCUGCAGCCACACCAGCUGAGUAGCUGUGAUGGGGAGAUGGCUGUCGCCCCCCUGCCGGAGGGGGAUCUACCCGGGCAGUUCACACGAGUCAUGGGGAAAGUGUGCACACAGCUCUUGGUCUCCAGACCUGAUGAGGAAAAUAUAAGUUCCUAUUUACAGCUCAUAGACAAGUGUCUAAUUCAUGAGGCAUUUACAGAGACUCAGAAAAAAAGAUUGUUGUCAUGGAAACAGCAGGUGCAGAAGCUCUUUCGGUCUUUCCCUCGGAAAACCCUUCUAGACAUAUCAGGAUAUCGACAGCAAAGAAACCGCGGCUUUGGGCAGUCCAACUCCCUCCCGACAGCCGGCUCUGUGGGCGGCGGUAUGGGCCGACGGAACCCACGCCAGUACCAGAUCCCCUCCCGGAACGUCCCUUCCGCCCGCCUUGGCCUCUUGGGCACCAGUGGAUUUGUCAGCUCCACCCAGCGCAACACCACAGCCAACCCCACCAUCAUGAAACAAGGAAGACAGAACCUCUGGUUCGCCAAUCCUGGGGGCAGCAACAGCAUGCCAAGCCGCACCCACAGCUCAGUCCAAAGGACCCGCUCGUUGCCAGUGCACACUUCUCCGCAGAAUAUGCUGAUGUUCCAGCAGCCAGAAUUCCAGCUUCCUGUGACUGAACCUGACAUCAACAACAGGCUGGAGUCCUUGUGCCUCAGUAUGACCGAGCACGCCCUGGGAGACGGGGUUGACCGGACCUCCACAAUCUAGAAGCUGAAGAUGAGAGUGACCGCGCUGGCCGUGAAAUCGACUGCUGCGGGUCCAGUGUCAGCCAUCUUCAGGGUUGCACAGAAUCCUCGGAGAUGCUUUGCAGCCUUUUUUUCCCCCUGGUCCCUCUCCCAUUUUGAUUUUGUGAGAGCGUAGGUCGUCCUUGUAAACAUAUCAGUAGACCGGGGAUUGGUUA